AUGGAACCAAACAACCUACGGUCAUUACUCUGGCUGCUCGUUACAGUCAACAUCCACUCGGACGCGAUGGGCUACUAUUCCUAUGGCCUCCCAACAUUCACAAUAAUCGUCAUCGCUCUUUACCUCCUCUUCACCGGUUCCGGAGAGGCAUUCAAUGUUGGCCGCUUCCUUGAAGAAUCGAGUCCCUAUGCGUGGGGCGCUACUGGUAUUGGCCUGUGUAUUGGCCUGAGCGUGCUCGGUGCUGGCUGGGGCAUCUUUGUGACCGGCUCGUCCAUCCUCGCUGGAGGCGUACGCGCGCCUCGAAUCACAACUAAGAACUUGAUCAGCAUCAUCUUUUGCGAAGUCGUCGCAAUCUACGGAGUCAUCAUCGGCAUAGUCUACUCAGCCAAGCUCGCACCACUCUCCUCCGCCGUACUCUACACCCCCGAAAACUACUUCACCGGCUACGCGCUGUUCUGGGGCGGCCUCACCGUUGGAGCCUGCAAUCUCCUCUGCGGGGUGUGCGUCGGUAUCACCGGGUCCACCGCUGCCCUCGCGGACGCGGCUGACCCUGACCUGUUCGUGAAGAUCCUUGUUGUGGAGGUGUUUGGGAGUAUCCUGGGGCUGUUUGGACUCAUUGUCGGCCUGCUCAUGGUUGGCUCUGCGGGCGAGUUCAGGGGUGCUGAGGAAGCUUUGCAGAACGCGGCACAGGCUGUUGUGUCUCCUUUCGUACACUGA